CCCGAGAGAGCCGCGUCGUGGAAUUUCAGGACAUUUCGCCGCCUCCUUUCGCCGAUGUCGCUGCUGCUGCUCGGCAUGUCUUACAAGCCAAACUUGACCGCGCACAUCGCGGCGGCGGCGGCGGCGGCUCCCAUCAGCCAAGCUGGGAGCGUCCACUCUCCUUCCACAAGCAUGGCAGGCUCAGGGCAAUACAGACAGCUUAUAAAUGACUACGGACCCCCCUCUCUAGGCUACACACAAGGAGUGCAGGGAACGAGUAGCAGUCAAGUACCACAGAGCAAGUAUGCAGAACUUUUGGCCAUCAUAGAAGAAUUAGGAAAAGAAAUCAGGCCUACAUAUGCUGGAAGUAAAAGUGCCAUGGAAAGGCUAAAACGAGGCAUCAUUCACGCCAGAGGACUAGUUCGAGAGUGUUUGGCAGAGACUGAGCGCAAUGCAAGAUCCUAGCAUCUCUUCCCACGGCUGCAAGAUUUUUCCACUUCUUAUGAAAAAGGGACACCAGUUCCUUUGGAGACUACAGAAGGCAUUCAGAGAGAUCCCUUAGUUUGACUCUACCACUCCCCCCCCCCCCGCCAUUCCCAAGAAUGUGGGCCACAAUCCAAAGUAGCACUUGGGAGGCACCCAAGGGCUUGUGUGCCCAGUGGAAAGUUUGAAUCCCCCCAACAAAUACAUCCA